AUCUCGCAGUUGCCGUUGCGUUUCGAUUGCGCAUACGACGCGUGUGCUAAAACAUUGUGAAUUUGUGAAGAAGUGCAUUAAAACUAAAUUGGAUUACCAUUGAUUAUAUAAGCAGAUAUAUAUUGAAAGCUAUAUAGUUAUAUCGAGUAUGAGUGCAUCGGGCAAGAGUCUUUUGGGCCUGUGGCUAUAUCGCAGCGGUGAGCAGGAGUGGGCCGUCAAGCAGGGCAGUCCGCUGCACACUCCCCUCAAAAAGGACUCCAACUCAUCCCCGUCCCCGUCGCCGUCCACCACCUCGUCCUCGUCUCAUGCCACUCUCUCACGGCACGCCUCCGCGCCAGGUGACAACUUCCUCUUGUUCUCCAACAACAAGCAGGCUGGCGCCACCGAUGCAGUGCAGCGCUCGCAUGUGCCCGGCGAGCGCAUCUCCAUUUUGUUCACUCUCAAGAAUCAGGUGGGCAAUCUGGCACGCGCUCUGCAGGUCUUCCAGGAGCUGGGCAUCAAUGUGCUGCACCUGGAGCUGUCGCCCCUGGAGGUGAGCAGCAAUCAGGCGGAUGUCCUGGUGGAUGUCGAGUGCGAUCCACGUCGCUUGGAUCAGGUGGUGAAGAUGCUCAAUCGCGAGGUGGCAUCGGUCAACUAUACGUCGGUGAAUGCUCACAGCUUGGCCCGGGCACCGUCUCUAUCCGCCUGCUCCAGCUUUGACUUUGGUGACAUGGUUUGGUUUCCGCGCAAGAUCUCCGACCUGGAUCAGGCACAGAAUGUGCUCAUGUAUGGCUCCGAGCUGGAUGCUGAUCAUCCCGGCUUCAAGGAUCCCGUCUAUCGCAAGCGGCGCGAACAGUUCUCGGCCAUAGCCAACAAUUUCAAGCAUGGCAAUCCCAUACCUCGGGUUCAGUAUACGCCGGAGGAGGUAAAAACUUGGGGCACUGUUUUCUUGGAGCUGCAUCGCCUGUAUCAGCUGCACGCGGUGCCGGAGUACAUGGAGAACUGGCCGGAGCUGGUCAAGUUCUGUGGCUAUCGGGAGGACAACGUGCCCCAGCUGCAGGACGUGAGCAGCUAUCUGAAGCGUAAGACGGGCUUCCAGCUGCGUCCCGUUGCGGGCUACCUCUCGCCGCGCGACUUUCUCUCCGGGCUGGCCUUUCGCGUGUUCCACUGCACGCAGUACAUCAGGCACUCCUCCGAUCCCUUCUACACACCUGAGCCAGAUUGCUGUCACGAACUUUUGGGUCACAUGCCGCUGUUGGCCAACUCGAGCUUUGCUCAGUUCUCACAGGAGAUUGGCCUGGCUUCUCUAGGCGCCUGCGAUGCGGAUAUUGAAAAGUUAGCCACGCUCUACUUUUUCACCGUGGAGUUUGGCCUGUGCAAGCAGUCGGAAGGCACCUUCAAGGUCUUUGGCGCCGGCCUGCUCAGCUCGGUGGCGGAGCUGCAGCACGCCAUAACGGCACACGACAAGAUUAAGAAAUUCGACCCGGAGAUAACCUGCAAGGAGGAGUGCAUCAUAACAUCCUAUCAGAAUGCCUAUUACUAUACCGAUUCUUUCGAGGAGGCCAAGGAGCAAAUGCGUUCCUUUGCCGAGAGCAUUCAGCGACCCUUUGGCGUGCGCUAUAAUCCCUACACGAGCAGCGUUGAGGUGCUCUCCAAUGCACAGAAGAUAACCGCCGUGGUCAGCGAGCUAAAGGGGGAUCUCAGCAUCGUCUGCGCUGCGCUGCGUAAGAUCUCGGCCACGGAUGAGAAUCUCGACGUGGACAGCAUAGCAAAUAUGCUGCACAAGAGUCUCAAUGUGCGUGCCGCUGGAUCAGGAGGCGGCAACAGUCCAGAUAAUACCGAGAACUAUAUAGCUGAGGGCGACUAAAGAGCGAGCAGAGAGAGAGAGAGAGAGGGAGAUGGGAAUCGAAGUGAAAACGUUGUUGGGACCAUAAGCUAUAUAUACCAGAUGUUACAAAAAUAUAUACAAACAGAUAAAUCUCUAUAUAUAUACACAUAUAUCGAUGUCUAAAUGUUUGGCAAAUACUAACUUUAUUUCAACUUAUGCCUAAUAAUUACAUCUUAGCUCUAAAAAAAAACUUAAAUAAAUUUCAACUCUUUGUGUGUCUUAGUCAA